CUGGCGAUGUAGAAAUCACUGCUUCCACCUUAAUGUCGCUGGUGAGAAAGAGGCUAAGCGGAAGUAGAAAGCGCCGUCUACUCGUUGUCACCUCGAACAACAUGACUUCGUUGUUGGAGUCUUAUCAACAGCAAUAUUCCACAUUAACUGCUGAUAUAACUCAUCUCAUUGGAAAAAUAACUCUUUCACAUGGAGUUGAGAAACAAGGCCAUGUACGUCAAGUGGAGAAGCUGUUCGAUGAGGCCUCGGAAUUGCUGGAACAGAUGGACCUGGAGGUGAAGGAACAACCAAGCAAGGACAGGCAAAAGUAUCAAACAAGAGUACGAAGCUACAAAACAGAACUUUCAAAACUUCAAACAGAUGUGAGACGUGCUAAACUGGGACUUGACAGUAAAGAUGACUGCAUGCUUGAUGAUCAUCAUGAUGCUGAGGAUCAGCGAACUCGGUUGCUGGAGAAUACAGAACGGUUGGAAAGAUCUGGACGGAAACUAGAUCAUGGAUAUCACACUGCUGUGGAAACAGAACAAAUUGGAUCUGCCAUUCUAGAAAAUCUUCAUUCACAGCGCCAGACUAUAAACAGAUCAAGAGGAAGGGUUGAUGAGAUGAAUACAGCUCUUGGGAAGAGUUCACGUUUGUUGACUGGUAUGAUGAAGAGGAUCAUCCACAACCGUAUUAUGCUUGUUGUUAUUGGACUAAUUAUGGUAAUCAGCAUCUGUGUAGCACUAUACCUAAUUGUGCGACGGUCUUCUUGAGAAACCUCUUGACAUACCAUUCUCUACAACAACCGCUCUUUCUUCAUCAAUAUUCUAUGAGAAUCUGCCUGCAUUAUAUAUUUAUAUACACACUUUCUCCAAAAUAUAUAUAUACAUGUAUAUAUAUAGUUUGUGUAUGUGAUCUACAUGCUGUUACAGCAUCGUCUCGAAUUCCUCAUCUGCUGAACCUCUGAUAUCUGACCUUUCCUUAGAGCCCCUCACCUCUUAUAUCUUUUUAUUCUCUUUAUAUGAAGCUGGGAAAAUCAAAGGACCAUGUACCACCCUUACAAAUGAACAGACUUUACUAUGAUUGUGUACUUCACCUGUAAUCCUCCUUCUAUCUCCCCUAUCUAAUUUAAAUACCCUUUAUUUAAUUAUUUAUUAAUUAGGAAUUGUUUGCUUUUUACUAAUAAAACUUAACCCUGAAUUUGUCCUUCCUGUCUGGACCUCACUGACAGCAAGAGCAGAAGUCCAAAAGCAACCAGGACAUUUCAAACCAUUUGAUAUUGCUAUUUGAUUGUGUGCCCUAAUCCCUGUUGCUGAGGAAAACAAGGUGACAUUAAUCCCUCUCUACUCCCAACAUGGCCAAAUAGAUGUUUUCAUUGUUUUAAAAGCUGAGAGUUCAAACCACUACAAUGGUUUCAAUAUAUUUCUAAGUAUGACACUUUAUUUUAUGUUGUCUUAGUUUGCCAUAACCCCUGAAUGGAUAUAUUCUAGAUUAUCUGGGGAACAUCAGCUGUGAUAGGCCGGUGUUCUUCCAGCUCAAAGAUUUAUCCUACAUCUACUGAACUUCAUGAAAUUAGAGCUAGGUACUGGUCCUUAAAUAUUUUUCUUUCCCCAGAUUUUAAGGAUUAUUUACUUGGCAUAUUACUAUACUAUUCCUUAAAAAUGAGAUGGCCAAGUGGAGAAGCCAUUGGAGUGUGCUCUUAGGUUACAAGUUGAAAUUUACUAAAGGUGACUUGUGUUUUCUAAUCAGAACACUUUAGUUUAUAUUACCAGAGUUUACCUGGCUGUCAGGAAUAUGUAGCAACUCAUCUGUGAAUGUGAUAGAUUGGUGAUACUUAUUUGACUCUAAUCCACUAACACAGAAACUGGAAGUAUCAUUCCAGUAGCAAUAGAUCUCUGGGUUUUUUUUUCAAACUAUUUAGUGUUAUUCCGGAGUGUGAACAACUCUCUUUGUUAAAAGGUUUAUAUUAGGAAACAUUCGCACAAUUUAUCUAAUGACUCUUAUUCAACAUUUUCAGUGGUAGAGGGGAUGUGUUCAAAUCAAGUUUCAUCAACUGUAUCAUUUGGGCCAUGAUAAAAAUCAACAGUGAAACAACUGUUAAAAAAAAAGUUGAGGAUACGGUCCUUCAACGGAAGUGUUGUUGGUGGUUUAUACAUUCACUAUGGUGCAAAUAAAUAUUUUAAAAUCAGUAUUAAGCAGUAAUUCAUAAAGAUUUCAUUAAUAAAUAUUAUUAUCAAUGUGCUUACAUCAACAUAUCUGAUACCUGAGAUACAAGUCCAAUAACUGUUCUUCAAUUAACAGUCAUAUUUUCUUUUCAAAGCAUUGAAUGUGAAACUACAGAAGUUAACUCCAUAUUUCAUGACAAUGAGUAAUGUUGAUUUAACCCUUUUGGUACAAACCUGCCUGGACCAUCCUGGUUCUAUGAUAAAA